UUCCCUUAUUUGACAGCAGGGGCUUGUUUUCAGCACAAAACAACAAGGAUGAAGGUUUCAAGCGGCGAUCCUGGAACAAGAAAAAACAGGGGACGCAUAUUUAACUGAAAGACCAUCGGGUUAACCUUUACCUCGCUGCGGGUGUUGUUAAUCUAAGGCAGAUCUACACCAAUAUCGACCAAACUGCAGCUGAAUCUGUCUCAAGUGGCUCUCUAGAAUUGUUGUUGUUAGCUGCUAAUGCUAACCAUAGAAGUUACGAGCUAACUGGCCUAGAAGGCUAAUGUUUAAGGCUAGUCUAGAUUAAUGAAUUAGCUCCUUAUCGGUGUUUGGCUCACCAUGUCGCAGGGAGUAAACUUGAUGCUGUGUAGCUAAUGGAGAGAUCCUGCCAUAGCUUUAGUUUUUUAGGAACUGCAGCUUUGGCUAAGUUUGUAAAGUACCAACGCUUAUAGUCGCCUAGCCAGCGAGUUAGCCCACAUCCUUGGAAGAAUGAGUAGAAAACAUCGUCAUUUUAAAGGAGCAGAAGUCAGCUGCUGCGUCAAAUACUUCUUAUUUGGAUUCAACAUCAUAUUUUGGUUACUAGGAGCAGCAUUCUUGGCCAUCGGCCUGUGGGCAUGGGCGGAGAAGGGUGUGCUGUCCAACCUGUCGUCCAUCACAGACCUGGGGGGCUUCGACCCCGUGUGGCUCUUCAUCGUGGUGGGCGGGGUCAUGUUCAUCCUGGGCUUCGCCGGCUGCAUCGGCGCACUCCGAGAGAACACUUUUCUGCUCAAAUUUUUUUCAGUCUUCUUGGGUUUGAUCUUCUUCUUGGAGCUAACAGCAGGGAUCCUGGCAUUCGUGUUCAAGGACUGGAUCAAAGACCAGCUCAACUUUUUCAUUAACAAUAACAUCAAGGCCUACCGGGAUGACAUCGACUUGCAGAACCUCAUUGACUUUGCACAGGAAUAUUGGUCGUGCUGCGGAGCUCAUGGUCCGGACGACUGGAACCUGAACAUUUAUUUUAACUGCACCGAGCACAACCCCAGUAGGGAGCGCUGUGGAGUACCCUUCUCCUGCUGUGUCAAGGACCCUGCUGAGGAUGUCAUCAACACACAGUGUGGUUACGAUGUACGACUUAAAGGGGAUCUGGAUCGACAGAAAUACAUCCACACAAAGGGCUGUGUGGGCCAGUUUGAAAGGUGGCUUCAGGACAACCUCAUCAUUGUGGCUGGGAUCUUUGUGGGAAUUGCACUUUUACAGAUUUUUGGUAUCUGCCUUGCCCAAAACCUUGUCAGUGAUGUCAAAGCUGUCAAAGCCAACUGGUGACAGGAGGGGGCGCCACAUCCCUCUGAUCGGCACACUCUAGCCCAGUCCAGCCGAGGACACAGCACAAACGCACUCACUGAGCUACUCUUCAUCACUCACCUGAUGACGAGACCAACCAAACAUUUGACAAAACUGUUGUUUACCACUCGAUCGGGUGCUGACCCAAAUAUUCAGAGGACCUUCUUGUUUUCAAAGCUAGUUUCUUAAAUUUAUGUUUUUCUGAAGUAGUUACAAUGGACAUGUGUUUUAUUAAGGGCACAAUUGCACAAGGACUCCUUUUGAAACUGGAGAUUGGAAAGCCAUGUUUGACAGAAAAACUGGACUCAACUAAGACGAAGAAAGAGAAAUAUAACCCCUGUUUAUGUCAAGUUUGUCAUUCAUCAGACAGGUGACAGUUUGGAUUUGUGCUUUUUAAAGUGCUGAGCCCACUUCCUGCUGACAAGAUGCCACCAACACAGAGGACAUCCUGUGUGUUGUUUUCCUCCUAUGACCUUUAAUGACCACUGAGCGACUCAAAACGAGCCAAUCCACUUCAAAUGUAAAAAAAAAAGUUUAAAGUGCCGUUAAAUUCUUGCAAUUUAUCUCUGCCCUCCCUGUUCUUCACAUGGCAUUUCUGUACCACCCGCCCCAGAAUACCUCAGGGCCUCACUCAAAUGAUAUGCUUUCUCUUGCUAUGCUAUCUCCUGUUCCCAUCCCGUGUCUGUUGAAUUUAGAUAGAGAAUAACUUAAACCAGAAAGCCAGAAGCCGGUUUUGCUUGAAAGUCACCCCGUUUCCCCUGCAGCGAUUGUAUUAGCGGCUAAUUUACUGAAGGAUGUAUUGUGUUCUGUGGAUAGCCCUGGUUAGGACAAUAGCACGUGGGGAAAAGGGUCUAGCGAUUUGAGAUUGUGCGUUAAAACUCCCAGCAUCCCUCUGGCACACAGGGAUGCGGGCUUGGGGCCUUUAUUUUUUUACUUGAUUUGUGUUACCACAUUUGUCUUACGCUUUGUAUGUUUCAGAUUCUACAAUGUUUUAAAAAAAUGUUUCUUUCAAGCUGUUUUGUUUGACAUCAUACGGCACCUGUUUACCUCUCAUGACUUUACUGCAAAAAAAAUGUCGUUUUAGCAGUCAAAAUGGAGACCAAAUAUUAUCAGCUGGCCGAGAGGGCUGUGGUUCUAUCUGACUCGGCCAACAUGUGAAUUUAUUGUCCCUUUAUGUGGGAAGUGCCAGUUUAUUUGAUGAAUCAAACAAUUAAAAUGUUACAUUAUCAUUUUUAUCUGUAUUGCAUAUUGUCUCUUGUUUUUAUUGGUCUGUUUUUAUAGAUUAGUGAUAUGCUGUAUGCUCUGUCACUAUUUUAACACAAAUGCUGCUUUAGAGAGAACUAGUAAACUAACACCCUCUUUAUAAAUCGUGGCUUUUGAAACACUUCCACGUAUUUUAUAUUAAUUCCUACUUUUUUGCCCCUUUUCCACGUUAUAUAUAGCUGCAAAUGCGUAACUCACUUUCGAAGGCAAUGAACAGCUCCGAGCUGCUUCAUCUUGUUUAUCCCCUCUAAAUGUGUUUUUCAAAGCAACUAGCUCCACUUGAUAAAUCCACUGAACCAACUUAAUGAAAUUAGUGGCUGUAACAAUUCAUAAUACUUACCCGAAACCCCUUGCACUGCAGCCUGCCAAGUUAAAAGAGGACUACCAUUCAUAUCCAGUGACAGCUCGCAAAGUUUGUACACAGUUUGAAUAUGUAUUUUCAUUUUUGGUGACAGCGCCUUGUGAUCAUGCUACCAGUGCACGCUGCAUGUUUCUUCUCCAUCUUCAAAACAGCUGUUGGUUCAGAUCUGCGUCAGUUAGGAGAAGGCUGCCAUUUUUGGUGUAUUUUUAAACACUGGGCCUGUUUGAAUAGAGUAUGACAAAAGGAAGGUCUGCGGGAAAACAAAAUGGUGGAAAACAAAAGGGAUUUAAAUUUAGACAAUAUGAAUGUGCAGAGGGUUUUUUGUGGGUUUUGUUUCACAGGUGCAGUGCAAAAGACUGCUCUGAGCUCUGCCUUAUGAGUGCCCAUUCAUUUAACAGCUUUAGUUAUCAUCAUUGAACCCUAGAGAAGAGUGUGAAAUCAUUUGUACUUUAUCUAACUCCACUUGGCACAAACAUUUGCAAACAAACAUCAAAUCAGCAGCUUGUUUUUAUCGUUUACAUCUUUCUGUGUCUUUUAGCCUGACCACCCAGCCACGUUUAUUUUCUAAACAAAUUGGAGUAUGGAGUUGCAUCCAUUAAAGCUGCUUCUCUGCCUCUCCAUGUUUUUCUUGGACCAUUAUUUAUUCUAUAAUGUUAUUGCACAUUUUAUAUAAUAAUAAUGAUGCAUUAGUCUUAUGUUACACUUUUCCAGACUCUCAAAUUUGCUUUACAAUUAUUCAUUCAUUCCAUACUUGGUGGUGUUAAGCUACCGUUGUCGUCACAGCUGCCCUGGUGUCGACUGACCACCAACAACACUCCACAUUCAUACUAGGCCAAGAGGGCUAUGUGUAAAGGGGUUGUGGGUGAAAUGUCUUGCCUAAGGACACAACAACUGUUUUGCCACUGGUGCCCCAUUGUGGCACCAAAUAUUGCCAGUGGUCUCCUGUCCAAGUACUAACCAGAGCCAGCCUUAUUUAGUUUCUGACAUCUGACUAGAUCAGCCUUCAAUCAUAGAUUCAAUGCAUAGUGCUUACUAUACAUUAUUUUAUGAUUGAUUAUGUAAAAUUAAAUCAGAUUAGGCUUUUCUUCAUCUGUUGCUCCUUUAUCGAUUAUUUACUUUGUGCAUACUUACCCAUUGUAUUACAUUGAUCCUAUAUAAUUUCUUUGCAUGUAUUUUUUGAGUGUUUAGGGUAAAUGUCUGUAUAAUACCUUUACCCAAUCAAACUCAAAUUGAUCACAAACCAACCAAUACCAGGAUAGAAUGGAAAAUAAACAUGGCUGGUCCGUCUAGUAUCUCAGGGCAUUCUUCUCCACAUUAAAAUUUGUAAAACGCAUUUUCGUAUGCAAAUUCUGCCUUCCCAAGCAACACUUAAGACACCAUUAACCAGAUAUCUUCAUACUAACAUCAUCCUCAUGUUUCGCUUUGGGGCAGGUCUUCAGUAUGCAUCCAGCUAUGUCUUGAUUCAACCAUUUUUGCUAAUUGCGGUUUGUAAUUCGUUUAAUUCAGUGUGGAGGCUGAGAGGGAGCAUGCUAAUUGUGUUUUGUCCUUUAUCACAAUGGCUUUGCACCAAAUGGUCUCUUCGCUUUCCCCAAUGGGCAGUGAUAUGAUUCCCGAGGAGCAGUCUGUGAAUGUAGACGAUGUACUCGCAUGGACCUAUGUAUUUGUUACCGACGGCAGCCUAAUUAUGCAGAACAAUGCACAGCAACGUCAACAAUGUGAAUGACAAGCAUUUCUACAUGUUUUAACACGUUUCUGAGUUAUGUAAGCAUUCCAGUUAUGCAACCUCACAUCUUUUAUAUAGGGAUAUGCCAGUGACGUAAUAAGUAACAAAUCAAGUAUAAGUUAAUCAAACAUAAAUAAUGCAGGUGAAGUGAAGAAUGAUUGUUCAACAUGACAUGACAUGAAUGUUUCACAAUAUGGCUUUAAACAUAUCUAUUUAUUAUUUAUUUUGUUUUUAUUGCUCAGAAAUACCUGCAUUCUUACUAACUUAGCCUGGUUGCACCUGCUGCUUGUUUCUAUGGGGAUAGAUAAGUUUAAUGCCAUACUGUGGAGCAUUCUCAAUUUCAUAUCCCCCACCAGAAUUGACUAGUUUUGGAUUAAGGAUAACUUUGGCCUGAUUGUGAUCAAUACGACUUUAUAAAUGUACCUUCAAAAAAAUAAUGAUAAUAAAAUAAAUAAAUAAAUGUACCUUCAAAGCUGCAGGUUGAAAUGUUUGACUAUUCAAAAUACGUCACAAGUUGUUUUGAUUUGUUUUGUUUUCGGCGACAAUAUAGAAGCCAUAAUUAGUACAGACUAUUGACAGUCUCACUAUUUGGGCUAUUUCUCACCACAUAAUGUCCUCAUUCAUUGACCCAUUCCUGCAAAUGGCUGUAAACAACAUGCAUAAUUCAAAUUUUAAUCACAUUUCCAUUUCAUCUUUAAAUCUAAUGACUUUUUUUAAUUUUUGCAACAAAACAAACUGCAUCAUUAUUACAUUUUUUCCCUAUUUCCUUUGGCUAUUGUAUGCUUUUGAAGUUUGCUUAUACAUAACUGUCUUAAAGCUUCCUCUCCAUGAUAUUAUAGAAAAAGUAGCAAAUUCAAUCUGAACCCUCUCCUCAUCACGCCCAGAUGCAGGUCACAUGACAUGCCACCAGGAAGUGCCCAAAGCAUCAGCCAAUCAGCAUUCAUGACUUCAUGUCCAUGAGGAUGUUAUAGCAAUAUCUCAGUAGUUAGUGCUGACUGCUCCAUAUCAGUUGAAUUGACAAGACGUGAGGAGACUGUGAAAUGCUUUUGGUAUAGCAGUAAUACUAUUUUAUGACCCUCCCUGAAUGCCCUCUGUUGGGCUUUCAUUCAACUGUAUUGUUAACUGUUGAUUCUCACCAAUGCAGGACUUUUCUGAAUGGGUUGCCUUGUAAAGAAUUAUUGUACAUGUAUAGAAACUGUGGGACCUGGUCUGUUACACUGUAUAUUGUGCUGAAUAAUGCCUCUUUCAUAUAAUAAAGGAUUUAUUACAACA